AUGGGCAACUCCAUUCAUCUUCCUUCAGAUUCCUUCACCCCUCCGGCUCCGGCCACCGUACUCUCACCGGAGCAACAGUCUGAGUUAGCGACCUUCACCUGUGAGAUAUGCAUAGAGCCCACCCUUUCACCAGAACAGAGAUUCAAGAACAAAGACCUCUGCACUCAUCCUUUCUGCAAAGACUGCAUUACCAAAUACAUUCAAGUCAAGGUUGAAGAUGACAAUAUAGCCUCGAUCAAGUGUCCUGGCUUAUGCUGCGAUUACGAUCUAGACCCACUUUCCUGUCGUUUAAUCCUCCCCAUUAAACUUUUUGAAAAAUGGUGUGAUUUCCUCUGUAAGGACACCAUCCUAGGGUUGAAUCAUUGUUAUUGUCCUAAUCAACAAUGUUCGGCUCUAGUGGUAAACGAAUGCGGAAGGGACUUGAAGAGAUCGGUUUGCCCUAAUUGUAAAAAAACCUUCUGUUUCAAAUGCAAUACAUUAUGGCAUGCUGGUUUUUCAUGUGAAGAAAGUGGAGCUACGAGGGAUGCAAACGACGUCGCUUUUGGGAUUCUUGCGGAGAGGAAUGCAUGGAAGAGGUGCCCUAGAUGCAGACAUUACGUUCAGCAUUCGGGAGAUGUGGGAUUAACUUCUGCUAUAAAUGUGGAUUUAGGAGAUGCAAAUGCAAAAUACACGCUCAUUGUUUCGAUUUGA